UUGUGCAUCUUAGAACCUGAGGACUCCAGUCCCAGUAGUGACUGUACUGUGUUUGUGCAUUUAUUCCUCAGCUCCCCCUAUGGCGGCUGCCGCAAGAUGUCUACUGUCCACCGCCUCCAGGACCUUGAGCCUGGACGGGAUGUUCAUCCCCCUAACCACCCCCUUCUCUGUGACGUCAAGGGACAUUGACUACGAGAAACUCAAUUUCAACCUGUACAAGUAUAAGGAUGUCCCUUUUGCAGGUUACGUGGUGGCAGGCUCAAAUGGAGAGGCUCCUUACCUCCGGCCUGAAGAGAGAGUUGAGAUUGUGAAGCGAGUGAGACAAACCGUGGACCGGACAAGGUCUGUCAUCGGAGGAGCUACUCAUGAAUCCACAAAAGGAGCUUGCGAACUGAGCAGAGCAAUGGCCAACGUAGGAGCUGAUGGGGUCCUUGUAAUGCCUCCCUUUUACUUUAAGAAGAGAAUGACUAACGAGGCCAUCUUGAACCACUACAUGAAACUGGCCGAUGAGUCACCCAUCCCAAUAGUGAUCUACAACAUGCCGUUUGUUACUGGGAUAGACAUUCCAAUCAGUGUGUUGGCAAAACUGGCGCAUCAUCCUAACAUCCGAGGCGUGAAGGAUGGAGACGUACGUAAACUGGCUGGUAUCGUCAUGGCAACAAAAGGCAUCGGUUUAGAGUUUGAUGUUCUAGCAGGAUCAGUUGGCUACCUACUUCCCGCUAUCCAAGUUGGUUGUUCUGGUGGAAUCAACGGCCUCGCCGGAGCGCUGGGUAAACAAUGCUGUGACCUUUACACCCUCAGCAGAGAACGCAAAUGGGAGGAAGCUCUCAAACUACACCUUCAACUAACAAGGAUUGACACAUUGCUCAUGUCAGAUCUAGGAGUCCCGGGACUGAAGGCAGCCAUGGACAUACUGGGACUGUACGGAGGACCUUGCAGGGAACCUAUGCUGCCUUCCUCAGCGGAGGAUAUUGAACGAAUCAAGUCUACACUUCAACAGGACAACCUCAUAUAAGCAUCAGGCAUGAACUGCUGCUCAAAUGGAUUAAUAUCACUCAGUGUGUUCAAUCAAAUUGUUAAUUUCAAAACAUUAUCAUUAUAUUUAUUAUUUUAAAUCAAUGUUUGCCUAUAUCAUACAAAAUGUAUUAUAGUUAAAAAUAACUAGGCCUAAGCCCUGUUGCUUAGUGGGAUGAUACAGAUUGUAUCAUAUUUUUGGACCAAUAUUUUUUAAAGACUGACUAUAAGUGUUUAAAUUUUAUACAUUUAUCCAAAGAAAUAAAUUUUAUAUUUA